GGGGAAGGGUGCAGAAUUGGACUUUAUUGGGUUUCGACAUUUACGAGCUCAUCUCAACAUUGGUUUAGGAAAUGGCAACAGAGUGAGAAAAACCGAUGAAAAAAGACAAGACAACGAUGCAACCAACGCUACUUCCUCGUUCACUGUUGUUACCUUCACACUCCUACUUGGAAAUUACAAAACCUCUUCCUUCUUUUUCCUAGGUCUUCUCUUUCUACUUUACUUUUUCUUACUAUUCCCACCCCCUUUUCAACAACGAUAUUUUAUUCCUUCCCAUCAUCAUUUUUUCAACAACUCAAACAGAUCAAUACACAACUAGUACACGUACACACACCCAAUUCAUUUCUGUCACAGAGUAUUUGUCUAAUCGUCUUUCAUGUUCAGAAAAACCCAAUAAUUCAACUCAGCAAACUCCUUUCACACACAGUUUGAACUACAAUUUCCACUUUUCAGGGUUUGUUUCUUGUUUCUUCAGCUGAAUUUUAUCUUUUUAUUCUUUAAAAAAUUAUUGGUAUGCACUGAAUUUGCCAAUUCUAUACACAAAUUUUGAAAAAUCGUGUUUUUCUUUAAUUCUUUUUACCUGAGCUGUGUGAUUCAAACAUGCUUUUGUAUCUGCCUGAUGAUGUCUUUGCAAUCAUUUCUCGUUCAUUUUCACCAAGAGAUAUAUGCAAUCUAAGUGUUUGUUGUAAGAGCUUGAACACACUUGUGGCUUCUGAAAAAAUCUGGCUCACUCAAUGUGAAGUUUUGGGCAUAGUUCCUCAUAAGGAUCUUGUUGAGUGGAGAAAGGGCGUGUGUUCUUACAAAGCACUUUGUCGUUUUCUGUUCAAAGUUCAACCUUUGAUUGGAAUAUGGGUUCAUCAGAAUCCUGAGCUGGGAAACGUGGUGUAUGUGAUGCCUGGUUUUGUUUCUGUUGUUGGUUGUAGGAUAAUUCCUCAGGAGCUUGGUCCAUUAGGUAUGCAAGAUGGUCCAAUUCUAUGGUCUUCUGUUUUUGAAGUUAUUGGUGAUUUUGAUGGUUCACCUAUGUUUUUCCUUCAUGGAAAGGAGAAGGGAAUUGAUUAUAUUUAUCCUGGUUCAGCUAAGGCUAUUGAUAAAUCUUGCAAUAUAUUGUUGCUCGAGGUUGAGCCAGGGCAACAUAAGAAUGUCAGUUCUUUGUUGCAGAGUAAAAGUUUCGUGCAUACGUCGGGUUUGGAGUUGUCUAGGAAGGUUUGUAGGUCGAACAGCGAUAUUAGUAGGUCACAAAGGUUGAUGGGAGAUAAUGAGGGAACUGUUGUUACCUUUGGUAAGUUAGCUUUUUCUGAUAGAAGAAAGUUGCUUGAGGUUACAACCAGCCAAGUUCGACAAAAGGUUCCGGAUACGAUGAUAGAACCAUUGUUUCCUAGGUUGAGGGAUGACGAGGAGAAUUUUCAGAAAGAUUUGGUGAUCUUGAGGGAAAGAAGAUCACUCCUUAGUCAAAUGUACAAGCUUGGUAGUAGUGAGAUUGAAUAUAAGGCAAACUAUCAGGAGGUGGUUCCAACACAAUUAGAAAUGGAUGAUGAUCCUUCUAGGGCCGUGCCUGACGAGGAUGGUGGCAGUGGCACACAAUGCAUCAAGAGAAAAGGAAUUCGCGGUUAUUUCUGGAAUAGCCUUAAACAUAUUCUAGGAAGAUCAAAUUCGAUUAAUGACAGUCAUCCAGCAUCCAAGAAGCUUACUACAAGUAGUGAGAUUAGGCAUGUUCGACUUCAAGAAUUUCUUAGAUCGAGUAACACAAUAAGGCUAACCUUAAACGCCUCAAAUGUGAAACUAUCGUCUUAUAGAGCAUGGCCAAAUAUGCAUGAUAGUAGGUUUGCACUUUACAAGUUGCCUUUGCGAGUUCCGGGUGCUGAUCAAGAAUAUGCUGGUUUAUGGGGAGGUGCUUUCGGCUGGCCUCCGGGAAAGCCUUCUGAAGACAAGCCUGGAAAGGCUUUGUUCUUUCUUCUCCUCUCUUAUGAGGAGUUUGAGGGACAGCAACUUCUCAUUGCAACCAAAAUAUUGGAAGGCACACACUAUGUCUUGCAUCCUAAUGGUUCAGCAAUGUUUAUUGCGAAUAUGAACGAUCCAUCGUCCGAACCUUUUCCUUGGGACACCGAUGCAGACUCAUUGCCAGUGAAUAUCAAACAUGUUUUCUCGGGAGAGGGUAUUGCAAGCGGUUAUGGGUUCAGAUACCCUGGAUCAAAGCCGGGUUCGCUCUUUGUCUUUCAUAACGGUGUAAUUGCAUUCAUUUGGAAGGAGACAAGGGCUGUUUUGACAUUGCAAAGACUUAACUUGCAAGAUCUUUUGAAGAAGGGUGAAAGGAUACCUUCUCUGCCUCCCAUUGCUAAUUUUUCAUAUCUUACAAAGUCCUACUCGAAUGUGUUUGCCGGCUUUCCUACCUCUUCCAAUAGUUUGUCUUCCCCAAGGAAAGGACGACACUAGUAUAUUAAUGGGUUGCAGACGCGAUGGUUUUUGUCCGCACAUGUUUACAAUGGUCUGAUAGAGGCUUUAAUUGCAUUGCUUCUAGCUGUCCUAGAAAACACAUCCUGCUGUUGUGUCUUCUAGUUGCUGCUUAUUGAGACCAGAGAUAGAAGAAAUAUCUGUCACCUAAUGUCAUGAAUUAUCAUAUCACACUCUCUGUUGUAGUAUAUAUGGGAUGAAGUAUACAUCAAAGAUCCCCAAUAAAGUUCUUCUCUACAUUAUGUAUAAAUUGACAUGGUUAUUGCCAUUGUUUGCCAGACAGGUUACAUUUCCUGAAAGUAAUAAGCAUGUGCAUGGUUACACAUACUAUGACCAUGUAAACAAAAUGGGUCCGUCAUGUAAAAAUCAUCACACAGAAAAGGAUUAAGUUAUUUAUAAGGCCAUUUAGAUUGAUUUAUUUGAGUGUAUUUAUGUUUUUUAA